CUUUCUUCUCUCCACGCACACAUACACACAUAUACACACACAUACACACAUACAUUCUCCCCUUUUCAUCGUUGCUUCUGCGGCAAAUGUAAAGUAAAAACGUGCGGGCAUCGACCAUUACAAAUCUCGCGAGCGUUGCUCAUAAUUCCACAAAUUUUAUUGGGUUCAAACGUCGACACGCGCGUUUCAUUAGUUUCCUCUCUUCUUUGUCCUUCCUUCCUCACUCCCACUCGCACUCGUUGUAACGUUACACGCUGGCCACUAUACCUACUCUACUCCCCACUCCAACAGCUCUUGCCACUGCUCGUGAUGAUUCCCCUUCCGUCCGCUGACCGAUAAGCCGCUCCACUGUCACGGUCGAAGAAGAAAGAAGAGGGAUACGAAGUGCACCGCCAGCUGCUGUUCCAACAAAUAGUGUCGUCAGCAUUUUCAUCUCGGCUUUUGAUCCACUUCCUUUGGGGAUUCUGACGAUUCGGAAACACGGAGUAUGUCACUGAUUUCCAAUUGUUUUCGACGGCUCACCGGGGAAGCACCGUCCAAGAACGAGCUGAAGGGCUACAAGGUCACCGAUGUGAACCGCAUACGAAAAGUCGGCGUCGCCUGCAGAAGCCUUCAGGAGUUGAAGCGUAAAGCUUGCGCGAAACUGAACGUGACAAACGACCCAACCGAGAUCAACAUCUAUCUCCUCGAUGGUUCGUUGAUCGACGAGGAGGAAUAUUUUUCCACGUUGAAACCUCAGACGACGCUGAUCCUGCAGAAACCUGGCGAGAAAGUGUUGUCCGAUGCGGAUCUCCUGUACGACACGUUGAGGCGUGUCAACAUCGAUUUUCUGAUCGCCGGCGAGAAAGCGUCCGAAUUCCUCGCGGAGAACCUUAAAGCAAAGGUUGCAGUUCUAAACAACGCUUUGAACAAGGACGACUCGAAAACGGCGUUCAGCAGCAGGGACGAGCACCCGGACUGGUUCCAGGGAUUGGAGACCAAUUGCGCGACUAAGGAGGCGUAUUUGCACCGUAGAUGUCAGGACAGGAUACGUGGCUACCUUUACAAAACGAUCGAUCAGAUCAAAUCGUCCGACGUGUUCUCGAAAGAUCCACGGGCCAGGAAGCAGCUACUGUACGCGAUAGCGUUCUUCAAGAUGCAAUUGAAGGAGGACCAUUACUUUGGCUACUACUUCGACAGGAGUCGAGCGAAGAUAGGAUCGUUGGAGGGUAGGGAUGAGCGCGACUCAUCGACGAGCUGUUACGAUCAUUGCCCGUGCAGGCUGAAAUGGCUGGACGAGAGCACGUAUUUCCGGUUGUUCGGCACGAUCGGGCAACCUUGCGACGACGUUGACGCUGUGAGGAGGAGGAACGAAAGGAAUUCUGGCGCGAAGAGCGAAGAGGAGGAGGCGGAGGAGACUUGCCCUUACAAGAUCAGGAGGACAGAGGGGGACACGUGUGUAGCUUUGUGCGACCAGAUGGGCGAGUUUAAGUGUUACGGCGUGUGGAACGAGGAGAAGUGCCUUUACGGGGACAGGCACAAGAUCAAUCCUUAUAGGUCGAGGGAGGAGCUUAUUUUGUUCUCUACGUGGAAUUUUGAUCAUAAGAUUGAGAGGUCCAGGACAUUAAUCCCGCUGCUUCUGAAACUGGCGACACAAGGUACAGCCAACGAGAUGGAUUUAUUCGAAAUCUACGACAAUCUAUUUACGGUGAAGAACCUGAGGCUGGUUCACAUCGUAUGCCAUGAUAAAGGCUCGCACAAAUAAUUAGUAAUUAUCACUAAUGGAAGAGUUAAUUAUAAUUAUAUUACGAUAUUCCAAUAUGCGGGAAAUCACUAUCAUAAAACUACGUAAUAAUAAUACGUAGAACAAUCUCUGAACGUAAAUGUAACUCUUCGUGUGAAAUAUUUACUUAUAAAACUGCUGUUGAUAGUUGAAGAAAUUAAAAAAUUUAUCACGUAUUCAAUAGUGAUUCCGUUGCGCCACAAAGUAACAAGCAAUAUACCGAUCGAACUUUCUUUUUUCUAUGAUAGAUUAAGUCGAAGUUUCCUACAUUGCCACCAUUUUCUAUUAUCCACCGUGAAACCGUGCACGAUAGAAUCAGUUCGAUUAAAA